GAGCUAUGUAAAUAUACUACAACUUCAACUUUACAUUAUGAUUGUGCAUCGAAGCCCUUCAAAACUAUCUUAGCGCGAUUUUGUCCUUGAUUUCACAAGUACAUUUUUUUUUUCCAUUUUAAACACCGAUUAAGAUAUGAGUGGCAGUAUAUCGAAAUCGAGAGCUUGGGCAAUAGUCUCCAUUGUUAUAGUCGCCUGUAUAGUAGCAGUCGCUAUCGGACUGGGCCUCGGACUGCGUAAAGAUGAUGAUAAUGAUACACCAAUGCCCGAAUGUCCAGCACCGGCAGCGCAGCCAUCAUCUUCCAGAUUAACAAAAGAUUCGCCUAUCUAUGUAUCGCCAACAAAUAUGAAGGAAGGUUUCUACCGUUACGCCACAGUGUCUACUGAUGCACCUAUAUGCUCCUACUAUGGAACAGAUACUAUGGUUCGUCAUGGUGGUUCCGCGAUGGAUGCAGCUAUCGUUGCCAUUCUGUGUAAUGGUGUUUACAAUCCACAAAGCUGCGGAAUAGGGGGUGGAUUCUUCAUGACCUAUUAUAAAAAGUCAGAAGGUAAAGGGUAUGCGAUAAUGGCUCGAGAAAUGGCUCCUGGUGCUGCUACAGAAGAUAUGUAUACAAAUGGGACAAGUUCAAGAGAAGGAGGCAUGGCGAUCGGCAUUCCUGGAGAAAUCAAAGGACUGCACGAGGCAUGGAAACGUGGAGGUAAACUUCCGUGGUCUGCACUGUUCGCACCUAUUAUACAGAUGUGUAAACAAGGCUUCCCUGUCGGAAAACUCCUCCAUACCGAUAUACAGAAUAAUAAGGAGAUAAUAGGCCGUUAUGGAGAACUGAAAAAAAUGUUGACAAAUACAGAAACCGGAGAGCUUUUGAAGGAAGGGGAUCUUAUAAAACUACCAAAACUGGGAGAAACUUUCGAAAAAAUAGCAGCGGACCCGUAUGCAUAUUACAAUGGAUCCCUUGCAGACGACAUUGCAGCAGAUAUUGCCGACGGCGCUGGCAUCAUAACUAAGGACGACUUGGAGAGAUACACCGCGCCAGUCAAAGAUCCCAUGAUGAUCGAUUUGGCUGGUGGGGACUACAAGGUACUGUCCCCUCCACCGCCGUCCAGUGGGGCUGUCAUCCUGUUGAUACUUAAUAUACUUAACGGAUUUAAUAUGAGCGCAGACAGUGUAUCUACUGGAGAGAAAGCAGUGGAAACGUACCAUAGAAUUACUGAAGCGUUUAAGCACGGGUUUUCCGUGCGAACAAACCUAGGAGAUAUUGAUCAAGAAGAUCAGGCAUCCAAGGACAAAAUUAUUGAGCUUCUACAAAAUAUGACGGCAUUGCCUUGGGGUGAAAUGAAGAGAUCAAAAAUCACGCGGAAUACUCAUGAAACGGCAUAUUACGAACCAACAUAUAGUUUCACAAUCCCUAAUGCCGGAACGUCCCAUAUAUCUGUACUGGGACCAGAAGGAGAUGCAGUGUCAAUAACUAGUACAGUCAAUCUCUAUUUUGGAUCAAAGAUUGUUGGUAUGCGCACUGGCAUUUUGUUUAAUGAUGAAAUGGAUGAUUUUUCUACUCCAAAUACAACCAAUUAUUUUGGAGUUCCAGCGUCUCCCGCCAAUUUCAUCAAACCAUACAAGCGCCCUCUUUCGUCAAUGUCUCCCACUAUUGUAUUGGACAAAGAUGGUGACGUAAAACUCGUUACAGGAGCAACUGGAGGAACAAGGAUUAUAACUUCAACGGCAUUGAGCAUCAUACAGACUCUUAUGUUGAAGUUAGGUCUGAAGGAGUCUACAGAAUUUCCCAGAAUCCAUCAUCAGCUACUUCCGCCAGAUUUAAGAAUUGAAGAAGCCAUGCCCCAGGUUAUUUUUGAUGGUCUGAAAGCACGUGGACACACCUUUGACGUAAGAGAGAAGCUCGGAUCUUCAGUACAAGCUGUCCUCACGAUGAACAAACAAGAAAGCAAUGUCCAAAAUGCGCUAGACAGGAAACAAACAGGGAUUUUUUCUUUCAGUGACCCCAUUAGAGAUGGGAUAGCUGACGGCGUAUAAAUAUUAUGAGGGAUGGGAAAUUGUAUUUGAUAAUAUUUUGAUAUGGGCUUAAGAUAUGAGCCAUUUAGAACGUGAUGGUAACAUUUAUGUAGUUUAAUUUUCAUGUCAACAACAGUAUAGAUGUUUUCGAUUGUAAGAGACUUCUCCACAAAUGUUUUCAGUCCAGAUUAAUGCAUUUGUAACAAGCAACAAUUUAUUCAAACUGAGUUCAUGGAUACGGUGCAUUAAGUACAAAAACCCUAUCCUACUGUCUUUUUAAGGACUAUGCUAUUUCGACAAUGCAAACUUCCUACGUAAAACUGAGAUUGUUGUAACAACGCGAGAAAUGCACGGGGAUCGAAAAGAAACUAAUAUUUAUAAGAAAAUGUAUCUCCGAAUAAAUUAUAAAGUAUCAAUGACACUCAAAAACAUGUCCCAACAGUACACUAGAAGAAAAUGCAUAGAAAUUUUCGGGGUAAUUAUUUGGUACCGUAAGUCUCUCAUAUAUAUACAAUAUAUAUAUUCUUCAAUCAAGGAUAUGUCAGUGUAAAUGAGCUGAGCGUUAGUUUUCUAAGAAAACGCCGUUAAACUAUGUUACACGAAUCACAAGUGCACCGCUCUUUUACAAAACUAUGUCCGCCAUGAUUUCUUCAGUGAACGAAAUAAAAGGAGUACGAUUGACUUUCUAAUCUAAAUAAAACAUCACUUUUUUAUAACAUCCCACUGUCCGAUCUUUCUGAUCACUUAACGAUCACUCACAAUUACAAAAUAAAACCAACGUGUCAUCAAAAUUAUCACUUUACACGGCUUCAUGGACAUCACGGCCUACUAACAUUAAAUUUGUAAUCAUGCGCCAACCAAACAAAAGAUCGGUACUUUUUCAAAGACAUGUUUUAUUUCCUGUAAUUUUCUGAUAUUCUAACCUUCAAACAACCGAAUUGUAUGCACAGAAAUAACGAAAAAUUUAUGCAAUAUAGCUUUUAGUUUAAAUUUUGGAUCUAUCUUUUUCCAGCCCAACAACAGACAUGUAUAUGUCACAAACCCGGUCUGUCCUCGAAAUCAGUGUCAAAGGUUACUAGAACAUAAAUACAAUAAAUAACCGCUUACUAUGUUCUUGUAAGUCCUUUAAAUUGAAACGGCUCGUGUUUAUACAUUCAUAUAUAUUCCGUAUCGGGAACAUUGACAAUCACAAGUCGAUCCUUACCACGAACAUGAAAACAGUUACUUUUAUGCCUUUGUUUACAUUUCAAAGGUAACUAAUCACAUAUACGUUCAAGAACGUAAAUUUCGUGCUUUCCGACCCACAUUGUGUGUAAACUUUUGUAUUUAAAAGUAUGGUGUAUUCGGCAAACCAUUUGUAACUUCCGACGUGGUAAAUGUCAUUGAGAGUAUCAGUUAUGUUUACGAAAUUUAAUUGAAUAUUUAUGUUUUAUACUUGCAAAAGAAAAACUUGAUGGUCAUGGUCGCUGACUUCGAAUUCCUCGCCCAUCACCGACGUGGGAACAAAAACCCACUUGAGGUGUGAAACUUUUCACGUAAGGAAGCCAUCCAACUGAAGUUAGUGUCUCGAUCUAGGUACUAGUCUGAGCCUCAAAAAUGUCUGGAGGGACCCCUGUAGCCUUUCCCCACCAACAAAACCUGGGGAAAGUUCAUUGUGUCGUUUCGGUGUUACUCUCAAUCAAACAAAAUAAACAUUGUUCCCGUUUUUGUUUGUUUGUUUUGAAUAUGCAAAAAGGGUUUGUUUGUUUCAGUGUAACGUCAAAAUAUAAUAUUACAAUUAUAAAUCAACAGUGAACGCCACAUGCAUUAUUUUUUCACGAGGGGUUAAUGCUUUAAUCUUACAGGUAAAACAAACAUAUUCCUAUUGUAUAAAGGGUAAAUAUAAAUAUUUAUGUAUAUGUGUGUGUACUCGUGGAAUUAAAUGUUAAGUGUAAAAAGUAUAAUUAUAUUCACAGUUCAAAUCAUCCAUGCUAAAUAAUACGUCGAAAGAUACCUUAACAAAUUUAUAUUUUCACGUAUCUGGGCGAAACAUACCGUCCUUAACAAAUAGAUAUGUUCUCAUAUCUGAAUGGAAUUACAGUCCAAUACCAUAACAAAUAUAUAUAUUCACAUAUUAGGGCGGAUAUAACCACCGAAAGCAUAUCAAGAAAUGUAAAUGAAUUUGCCUAUUAAGAGAAAUCUAUCAAAAUCAGAAAAUUGUCACUUGAAAGAGGAGGCGGAUUGGGAUGUGGUGGUAAGAUAAAACAAGAAAUUAGCCAAAAUAAAAUUAAAGAAAGAAGCGUGCUAUUCACUCUUGAAUGCUGACGAAGAAGGAAGAUGCCGUUUCACGAUUGGUUCAACAGUAUAAAAGGAAUUCAUUGAUUGGCUUUUACCGUAGUAUAUAAAUUAACAUAUUUCAGAAUAGGACCGAUUUGCUCCAAAUGUACAACAAUGACAUAAAUAAUUUUAUCUACCUAUAAAAUUCAUAUAUAUAUGAGCAGUACAAUUCCUGUAAAUGAGCACUACGUAAGCGCCCAGGCCCCUCUCGCACACCAUACCUAUAGUUCGGACUUCUUUCAUGUGUAAAGGCAUGUGCACAAAAAUGACAAAUUUUGCCAACACCUGGUAAAUUGUAAUGUGUUUUUAGGAAAGUAAUGAACGGAAAUAGAAAAAUAGCUCUCAGCUCAUUUACACGGAUAGUUUAGCUUUAUUAUGUAUGUUAUAGUUUUUCGCAGUUAUGCACGAUGACAUAGAAUACUUACCCCGAAAAUUGUAACACGAACAUACUGAUAACUUUUCCCACUUUACUUUUUAAAUUAAAGUAAGAGUUCAGCACUUCAUGGUUUUGAUGUAUUGUCACAUUGGAUUAACGUUUGUUUUACAGUAACUUCGAAAUUCAUCAGAAAUAAUAUCAUGUACCCCACCCACCUAAUUCAUAAUUUCAAAAUAGCGUAGGCCUUAAUUAUCUGAUUUUAUUCAUUAAAUACAAACCUUUCUUUAUUGUCAAGAGAGUAACCACAAAACUGCAUGAUGGAUUUUUUUAACUUUCUGUAAAUUCACGCAGUAUCAAAGGCAAUGGAGAGGAACGCCAGUGGAUACAAGAAUCAUUAGUCGACUUGAGGCUAUAUACCAAUAAAAGAAAUUGUUCUUUGUUUCAUAUAAAAUUCAGCUACUUCAGAACAAUUUUGUUACAGUUUCUAGAUUUUCACUCUGUCCUAGACCUAUUUUCCACAAGAUAUCCAUACAUUUGCUUCAAGAAAGCGAAAAGAAAAAGGGGUGUUGAAUAGUACGCAGUGAAAUGCAAGUCAACUGAAGUCAGGUACCCUCAUAUUGCCGCAUUUCAGAAAGCAGUCCGCAGAAUAAACACCCUACUUUCGUUUUCAAGUAAACAACUCGAAAACAUGCGAGUAUUAGCAUGAAACGUGUCCUAUUUUAUGUAAAAUUAAUUCCACGAGUGAAAUAAUGCCCAUCUGGCCCCCGAUUUACGCGCAAAUGCGCGAAAAAAUGGAAAAAUUAUGAUAUAUUUAUUAGGGACUUCUUUCGACUACACUACGGAAGCACAUUUUGGACCGAAUUACUGCAUUUUAGCCUUCAUCAUUCUUUUAAUUAUCUCCCUUUUAGUUUAUAUAAAUUAUUUUUCCAGAGCAUAUUUCUAAAAUUGCUGAUGGAAAUAUUUUUGAAUUGCAUAAUUCCCAGUUAUCUUUAUAAAAAUAGGGUCACAAGGAAUACUCAAGAAAUACUCGAGAUUAUUUUUCGUACACUGCCCAAGACCCAUAAUUCGACACCUCCGCAUUUUCGGCGUAACUGUAUAACAUGAUUUCGACCUCUAUGCUACAGUAAACGGGGCACGGAACGGAUGUACGCUGAAAAGAUAAACCAUGUAUUACGAUGUCUUAAUUUACAUUAAAUAUCAGAAGGCACAUAUUAAAUAGAGGAUAUUUAGUAGUUUUGUUACCCAUAACUAAAAUCUUUAGUAAUUUAUCAUCGCAAGAGAAACCGAAAGUAAACUUCUUUCCCCGUUGCGUAUGAAUGAGUGACUGUAAAGUAUAUCCGGUUUCGAAUUGUCGGGGUCCCUAGUGAUUCAAAAGCUUCUAGGGUUUUAUUUUUAAUUCAAGUAUUCAAUGCUUUAGCCUUUUCUAGUUCAACUAAUUCUAUGCGGGUCAAGAUAUUGUGUUAGUGGGUUACUUAUUGGGGUUUCUGACCCAACACGAAAUUAUUUCAGAAUCAGCAGAGGAUGUCAAAUCAGUUUAACCUUCUAUCACUGAAAGAAUACCUUUUGGUCAUUUGAAUUUGCUGCUUAGUUGAAAUAUUUGCAAAUGAAACGUGAGUUCAUAUAUGCACAUACAAUUUUUUUCUUUCUGUACAUCAUAUUAAAUUCUGAUUUUUUUCUCAUGCGCCAAGCAUCAUUAUCUCUACGCCGUUUUUCUUUUUUAAAGGCAUUUCAUGUUUAAUUAAUUAUGUCCCUUUAUUCUAUUUUGUUACGUUUGUACGACCUAAGGCUAUAAAUAAAACAUAUUCAAGGGGUUAAGUUGGCAUGUCACCCAUUGAUGGAAAUGCAAGGUACAGGAACGAUUUUUUUCCUGUCUUUAGCAGAAUAUGAAGUCUUUGGUCCGCCAUGCCCCUGGUUGAUAAUGAACUUUAUUGUACGUGCCAUAUGUUUCAACUUCGAAAGGCUGUAAAGCAUUAUUAAUGCAUUGUAAAAUGUUUUGAUUCCGCAGGACCUUCUAAGAGUUGAUGUUAUAGUUUAACACGCAUUUUUAUUUUAAAUUCUUGAAUUAAAUGAUUUAAGCAUAAGGGAUCAUAUCAGUAUGACACUUUCGGAGCGUGUUUUCGCAUCUUGUUAUUACAAUAUUAUUCACCCGCGACCUAAGGGCGAUGUUAAAGUAUUACGAUGCGAAAGUGUGAUAUUAACAUCACAGUGUAUCGUACUUUCGAAUGUGCGAUGGAAAGAUAACAAGAUGGUAAAACGCGACAAUACGAUGCGGAAUUUUGACAUUAACAUUGUACUUUCGUUAUACCGCCCUAAGGUCGGAGGGACGAACAUGUGAAAAUAUCAUACGAACGUGAGAUGUUAUUAUCGCGUAUUCGCAUCGUAUUAUCGCAAAAUCGCCUCGUUCCUUCGCAUCGUAUUAUCGCACCAUCGCCUCGUACCUUCGCAUCGUAUUAUCGCACCAUCGCCUCGUACCUUCGCAUCGUAUUAUCGCACCAUCGCCUCGUACCUUCGCAUCGUAUUAUCGCACCAUCGCCUCGUACCUUCGUAUUGCAAGACGGUCUUUAUGUAUUGCACAGUCUCCAGAAUUAGAGAGCUGAUAUUUAGUGGAUUAUUUUUUCUUUCAAAAUUUAUUAUGUUUUAUAUACUCUUAUAUUUUAUGUUUUCAUACUUACACUUGUCUUUCAUACGUUUACUAAUACACGUACGUGAAAUACAUUGUUUUGUUGCAUUCAGAUAUAUUCCAGAUAUUAAGCAGGGUACUAGUAUAUACAAAAGGUUUUUUUUUAUGUAAAUUUAACACUGUACAGUACACAUAAAAUUUAGAAAACAGAACCAUUAACAUUAGAAAUACAGGUCUACAGCAGAUCUUAGUAUAUUUUUUCUAUAAUACACAUAUCUUCGCGGCGUUUUUAGUUUAAGUUUACACACUAUGUGCAUAUUUUAAUAAACUAUUUUCGUUGUUAGAUAUAGCUUUUAUAUUGUAGAAUGUCCUAAUUUCAAACGUAACUAACUUG